AUGGCUUCGUCAAUAACUGACGAUGCCGAGAAGUACAUGGCGUACUCAAUCUUACGUCUCGUCUCUUUCAUAUGUAUUCUUGAAAAUGUGGAUGAAGUGAAGCAACAACUAGCGGUAAACGUAUGGUUAAGAAUGAGGUGGCCAGAUGAGUUUCUGACGUGGAAUCCUGCGAACUACAACGGAACAGCAGUUAUUAGAAUACCGGCCAACAUGCUGUGGAAACCAGAUAUAGUACUCUAUCAAAGUGUUGAUCCCAACCCCCUCAGUGGAGACCUUGGACUGUCCUGCGUGGUCUCCUCCGACGGUAUUGUUCAGUUCAACACACCCUACAUCUUUAUCAGCUACUGUAAAGUGGACCUAACCUACUACCCGUUCGACACCCAGCGCUGCCCACUCAAGUUCGGCUCCUGGUCGUUCGACGAGACGGGGGUGGAUAUCAACGCCUCUCGGCCCGUCCCGGAGCUAGACAAGUACCAGCCGAACGGGGAAUGGGACCUCUUGGAUAUGUUCGUAACAAACCAUAAGAUUAAGUACAGUUGUUGCCCGCAUAAGUUCCCGGACGUGGAGUACACGCUUGUGAUUGAGAGAAAACCGGAAUUCUACGUGGCCAACAUUAUCCUUCCGUACGUACUCAUAUCCAUUCUAUCCAUAUUUGUCUUCUAUCUGCCACCGGAGUCCGGUGAGAAGAUGAAUCUCUCUAUAACGACGAUGUUGUCGCUGAUAGUCUUCAACGAGCUGGUUAUAACGACGAUUCCACCGGCCUCGGACGGAACUUUCCCAAUAAUGGGGAAAUACUUUGUGGUGAUGAUAGCAGUGGUUGCAAUGUCAGUGCUCAUGUCCGUUUGGGUGCUUCAUCUUUACCACAAGGAACACAACAGCGUGCCCAUGCCUCCCUUCCUUCGACAGCUCAUCUUCGGUUGGCUGGCCCGAGCUGUUGGUAAGUGCAAAUACCGCUCCCACCUCAACAAGAACAAGGUUAAGGACAAGUACCACGGCCGGAACGGUAUGAAACGGAAAUACCGCGGCCAGGACAAUGGUCUACUCACCAAAGUCCGUUGCUUCCCACACUUCAUGACCAACGACAGCACCACCUCGGUGAAAGAGAGCCUCAGUGAAGACUUCACAAACGGCAGUGACGAGCUGAUUCUGGAAGGGACGGUUGAGAUGAUCGAGCUGGGCAGCGACGCCAAGCCAAGCCGGGUGACGGUCCGCCUGGAGCGGGAGGUCAACGAAUUGGCACGAUUGGUGGACUACCUGGCCGAGAGGAAACGGACCAAGGACUCCGUUGAGGAUUUCGCCCGUGAAUGGCGAGACGCGGCCGCCGUGGUGGACCGGGCACUCCUCAUCAUCUUCACGCUGGUCAACAUAAGUCUGCCUCUUUUUUUCCUUCUCUCGGCCACGGGAAGAUUUCUAUGAGAACAAAAUGUAAAAAUACUUUUGAUACCCAUAAGUGGUUGCAUUUUUAAAUUCCACCGUUUGAGCUUAAUUCUUCGGUGCCAAGAACUAGUGGUCCACGGAAUAGAGGUGUCCGUCGGAAAUUGCAUUGCAACUCGAGAAGGAACUUCCGUGCGGAAACUGAGCACCUUUUAAGGAAGGUGCGAGAAGUCAGGUUGAACAGUUAACUGUUUUCCCGAAGCCUUCCCCCCUUAGACUACAAGUUAAGGCAAAAUACGCUCGCUACGGUCAGUGGGCCUCCAUUGUGACGUACAAAACGUGUGAACCACCUGAAGGUACACUUGCAUUCUAUGGUUUCUUGCGGCUGCACCGGGUACUCAUCUUAUUCUGGCUUUGUCGAGAACAAGGUUGAUAAAAAUGAAAAGGUUAUUAGUCAAGUAGCUUUAAUUGAGACCAAACGUCUUAAAUAUUUCAAUAUUCCUCUCCUUAACAUUGCCGCCUUUUAUGAAACCCUCAAGGGACAAAAUCGUUCCCUCGAACUUUCGUUCCCCAAAGCUAUAUUUUUUAGGGAACGAAAUAGUGCUCAUCGAGUGAACAAAAUUUGUCGACGGAACAGAAAUAUUUCGAACAAAAUUAUUUCGAUAGAACGAAAACAAUAUUCAUUUUGCGGGAACGAAGCAACUAUAUUUCUUUACUUUUCAGGUUUUUUGUACAGCCCUGUUCGAAAUUUGAACUGGUUUUGGGCGUAACCUUGUUUUCAACUUGAAAGUCCUGAUGAACAAUGACAAAAUGGUUACCGUAUGGGUAAAAAUGUAUUUUACAGAAACCUAAAAAAAAAUCAAAAAAAUCAAAUUCUGUUGAAAAGAUUUUCCUUUAUGCAAAAAAAGGCUUCCUCUCAUUAAUGUGCCGAAACCGAGGCUGGAUGGUUUAAUUAGUUUGAUCCCAUUAUGAUUCUGUAUUGGUUUAUAAGGCUGUGAAAAGGAAACGUGACACAGGGGUGAAGUCACUAUAAAGGGUGUCCGGUCUAAAGAGUAAAGCGUCUUUACAACAACGGUAAUAAGACUCGAUAUUGCGAAAGUCAGAGAAUAAUUAUUCAACCGCUUGAACAUUGACACUUUGUGUCACAUGAAACUUGCCUUGUCCAGCUUGUCAUUUCUGCAGAGAGAUUGAUUGAUUUGACAUCCGCUGAGCAACUUGAGCCGUCACGUACGCAUGUAAGACAAAGGAUUCGGCAUGGAUUUCUCGAACUAAGACGUGAAGGCCAUCAUAAGACGGUUCUAUGGACUCUCGUACUCGUUGUUUAUCUGCAGAUGGAAUCUUUUAAGACUCCGAGAGGUUGUGAGGUAUUUUCUAGAUGGAGGAAAUCGGCAGGUACAAAGUAAAAAAAAAUGGAUUUAGCUGUUCCUCUGAUGAAGGGAAACAGUGUAUAACAAAUGUAUUUUUGAUCUUUCUAUGUACAUACAAUGAUAUUGUAGUAGGUAGAUGCACUUUGUUUGUUGACUUUUGAACGGUAAUCUACAAAAAAUGCACAAGUACAGAACAUGAGGGAAAUAUUAUAAUGGGUAGAGGGAGCAAGUGUUGCUGUGACUUGGGGGCAAUAAAACUUGAGAGGGGGCAUUAGUCGACGAACAGGGUGAUACUGGACCUUAUGCGUCGAGGGUAUAAAAGCAGCAUGGAGGUGCAAAAGUCAAACUGCAUUAUUUAGUCUUGUAUCCUGACUAAAGUAGACCAUCAUCUUGCAAGAGAAGGGCGAGGGAAACGAUUUGCAAACCGCCAGACUAUUCCGCUCCUCGUAUUAUUUAAAGGCAAUUUCGUGAGGAAAUUGUUUAUCACCGCCGAAUUUUUGUAACAUUUUGAUCAUCAUGCCGUAAAUUAAGGUUUAAACGUGAUAUGUCAUAGGUCAUAGGUUGUGGAAAAACAAACCAUGAUUUUCCCUCUUUUUAAACAAUAGUAAUUUAGCUUAUACUCUCAGCAACAUUUUAAAACCAAAUUACUACGAUUUCUAAAGUAAUGAUAGGCUUACUAAUCCAUAAUGUCAAGUUUCCUCUCAUGAAAGUCUAAGGCCGGCCGGCAUGCAGAACAAAAUGAAUUCGGCAAAGAUAUGAAGAAGAACAAACCUGGAUGAUAGAGUACAUCAGGAGAAAUGUAUCAAGAUUGCAAAGACUGUCCUCCUACGCGCUAUCCUCCACUCUACAAGAAGAUUUACAAAAGAGCUCUGGAGGAACUCUCAUCCAUGUUUAAAUAAAAAAGAAGUAAAGGUCAAAUGAAUGUCAUGGGUAGGGGUAGAUAGUGUACUAAUGUAUCACCUCGACACACACAAAAAAACGUCAGUACAAUGUGGGCUGACAAAGAAGUAAUAAGACGAAAUGACAGCAAUGCCUAUUUGCCAGAAAUUAAAAGAAAGAAAAAAAUUAACAUGGCCUGGCGUUGGUCAUCGGAGACCACUCAUCAGACCAGUCACGUGCCGUCCAUCGAUGAAGGACUGUGUAAGAGUAUCGUAGAGGGAGCGAAGAACGGAUAUCACCUUUUACCGCAUGGGGUUUGGGUGAUAUGAGUGACACUUUUUUAAUACUCGUUGUAGGGGUCCCACGGUGCAUCCCUUUUACACUCAUUCAAUCAGUUCAACUAGUAUUAUGUGCACGGGGUGUCAAGUGAGACACACUUUCAAAUUUGUUGGCACUCACUGCGGGUAAUGUCAAGAAUUUGCAGGUUUAGUUUGCUUAAGCUUUAUCUCCCCCCCCCCCUCUUUAAAAGUCAGCGCUAAUAAAAUUGAAACAAUGAUAGACUCAUUGGGGAUACUUAAAGUGAAUUCCAAGAAAACGAAACGAGCAUUAGUUUUCAGUAAGUUUUUCAAAACUGUGGUACCUUUUGAAUGGACUGUUUGCACUGACGUCAUAACGCCGCAAUUUUUAAAAACAAUGAUGACGCAGUGGAAUAUUUGUAACGUGUGGCCAACAGGACGGUUCAACAAGCAGCCUUCUUCGGCCGAGGGCACCCAAAUCAUAAGACGACAUGUACGUAUGUACGAUAUUGGUGGACACGAUAAUAAUGUUCGUAGACUGUGCAAGUCUCGCGUGUAUUAGAACUUCCGGGACCACGUAGGAAAUACAUUCAGCCAUAAAAUACAUGAAACAAAAUAAAAGCAAGGAAAACCUGCGAAUAAGACUUGACUUCGAUUUGAAGAAGAUAAUCCGUAACACAAUUGAAAACUUUUUGAGAUUGGCUCGGUUUGAGGCUUAAUUUUAAGGAUAACAAUCUGUCCCUGAAAUGGCUACAUUAUCGUCACUGCUUUUUAUUCGGUAGGCUCUUAGUUAUAAUUAAUUCAAUUCCAAUUUUCAAAAAGGAUCACCAAAAGAAAACGAACCCACAGCUCACGGUGAAAUAGAUCCGGCAUUUAAAGAAAGAAAAAAGAAGGAGAGAAAAAAGGGAUAAAAAUAUGGUUGCCUCCUGAACUUAUUUACACUGAAAUUUAUCUGACAGCCACGACAGUGAGAAACCUGACCCGUGAAUGAGGACAAUCCAGAAGAUCUCUCUGUGGGUUUGAAAUCUACACAGUCCCCGGUUAUUGCUUUUCAUCAAUAUUUGCAGCGUGGCUUUGCCAACAAGUCUUAAUAAUAAUGAUGAGAGGGUCGAGUUGAAUUAGGUUUUCAUCGCGAGGAGAAAAAACAGGGAUCACUCAUGGGCCCAUCCGCACUCUCUGUGAUUGUGGAAGGCUUAUCCAUGAAAGUCGUGCAUGAAAACUUUAGAAUGGUAAACUUGAGGGCACAGUACUGCGGGUACAGUUGGCUCUGAAAAAGAGCCGAUUUUGGUCUCGACGUUUCGAACCGUAUAAUUAUUCGCUCGUCCUCAGAUACAUACACACCCCCAACUCACUAAUUCUCCUCAUUUUUUGGUUUGUUAAAAAUGCAUUGUCGGACCACCCUGGCUAGCAUGGACGGCAGAAUUUUAGCGAGAACUAAUUUUCGCGAAAACAUUUUCGUUAACAUUAAAUAAUAUUUAUUUUAAAAAAUCUGUAAACUUUCAUUUAAAAAGAUUCAC